AUGGAUGAUGCGGCGGACGAGGAUUACGACUUCGAGUACGAAGAGGACGAAGACCUCGACGAUGCCGACGCAGAUAUCGAGAAUCGCUACUACAACGCCAAGAACAUCAAGGACUCGGAUCCCGAUGGCGCGAUACGAGAGCUUCAAGCCGUCGUCGACGCCGAAAAGGAAAAGGGUGAUUGGGGCUUCAAGGCGCUCAAGCAACAGACCAAGAUCAACUUCCAUCGGGGACGUCAUGCCGAGGCUCUCCAGACAUAUACGCAGCUUCUUUCUUACACAAAGAGCGCAGUCACGCGCAACUAUUCGGAAAAGUCCAUCAACAACAUCCUCGACUAUGUCUCGAAUGCCACCGAUGUCGGUCUCUCUACGAUGCAGUCCUUCUACGACGUUACAAAGUCUGCAUUAGAGGACGCAAAGAACGAGCGGCUAUCCGUCAAGACCGAUCUCAAGCUGGCACGCAUCUGGCUUGCGCGAAAGGAAUGGGGUCGCCUUGCAAAGUCGUUGAAGGAGCUGCGUGCUUAUUGCACCAGUCAGGAUGGCAGCGACGAUCAGUCCAAAGGCACCAUCUUGCUCGAAAUAUUUGCCCUCGAGAUCCAAAUGUACGGCGAGGUGGCCAACUACAAGAAGCUCAAGGAGGUCUACAACUCGACGCUCCAGGUCAAGAGCGCCAUCCCGCAUCCUCGCAUCAUGGGUGUCAUCCGCGAGUGCGGUGGCAAGAUGCACAUGUCCGAAAAGAAUUGGGCCGCCGCACAGGUCGACUUCUUCCAGGCCUUCCUCAAUUACGAUGAGGCCGGAAGCACGCAGAGAAUUCAGGUGCUCAAGUACCUUGUGCUGGCCCACAUGCUCAUGGGCAGCGAUAUCAAUCCAUUCGACUCUCAGGAGACCAAACCUUACAAGAACGAUCCCGAGAUCGUUGCCAUGACCAACCUCGUCGCAGCUUACCAGCGUAGAGAGGUGCAUGAAGCCGAAAAGAUCUUGCGCGAAAAUAAGCGCACCAUUCUCGAAGACUCGUUUAUUAAAGCCUACAUCGACGACGUCUUGCGAGGACUGCGCACCCAGUACAUCAUCGACACCAUCAAGCCCUACUCGCGCAUCCAGCUCGCUUACCUCGCACAGCAGCUCAAUAUUGGUGUCGACCAAGUCGAAGAUCUGCUCAUGGCGCUCAUCCUCGACGACAGCAUCAAAGCACGCAUCGAUCAAGUAGGCCAGUUCGUCGAACUCGAUCGCAGCGCCAGCAGCUCGGGCAAGCCACGAUACCAGGCGCUCGCAAAGUGGAACGUCGAGCUGGAUCGCAUCGGGACUUCGGUCCACACCAAGCAUUCAACGGGAGCAGCUAGUGGGUCCGGUACUAGCGUCGGUGGCUCGUUCCUCCGCAUGGGCAUGGGCCUCGGCGGCAUGGCGAUAGGUAUGGGCCCCUCUCUCCGAUGA